UUGCCUGGGCGGCUGGGCACAAGCAAAUCCCAAGCCACUGUCUUUCUUUCUUUUCCCCUCCCCUCGCUGAGGAUCUUCCUCAGUCGCCUCCUCACUGCGGGUACGGGGGUUGGGUGGACUGACUGAUGAUCCAGUUUGGCGACAAGGCCAUGCUGCUGCCAGAAUGUGCAGCAGAGGUCCCUGAUUUGCCUGGAGGUGGAGGUUUGCCUGCAGCUCUCGCCAUCUCAAUUCACAAAGUUCACAACGCCAAGAUUUGCCUUCCUGUUCUUUCCUCCCCUUGAUUGAUGUUUUAAUUUGAGAUUAACCACGCGGGAGGUGGUGGAUUAUGGGCAGAGUUAGUUAGCAACAGAGGUUUUGAGGCCCUGGUUAACAACACGCCAACCAUAGAACCAUGGAGCAUCAUUGGAGAUGAAUCCUCCCUUCACGUGAUGGCUGAUAGGGUCUCCUGUUUCACUAAAAACACUGUUGCUCUAAGAAUGGAGGUUCUCUGUGACAACUGUCCACCUGGUGGAGUUGGCAUUUACAACCCAGGAUUCUGGGGCAUGAACAUAGAAGAAGGAAAAGCCUAUAAUCUAGUCAUGUACAUCAGAUCUUCUGACUCUGUGGACUUGACAGCUUCACUCACAUGUUCUAGACCUUCAAGCGCAUUGCAAAACCUUGCAUCAGCUCCUAUACAAGAUAUUAAUGUGUCUAAUUGGACAAAGGUAGAACUCCAACUAUUAGCUCAAGGCACAUGCAGAACUGCAAGACUUGAUCUAACAACUUUCAAAAGAGGAGUAUUAUGGCUUGACCAAGUGUCACUCAUGCCUUCAGAUACCUACAAGGGGCACGGUUUUCGCAAGGAACUCAUGCAUAUGCUUUUGGAGCUGAAACCACAGUUCCUACGUUUUCCAGGGGGCUGCUUUGUUGAAGGAAACUGGUUGAGAAAUGCUUUCAGAUGGAAGGAAACUAUUGGCCCAUGGGAAGAGAGGCCUGGACAUUAUGGAGACGUGUGGAAUUAUUGGACUGAUGAUGGCCUUGGAUAUUAUGAAUUUCUCCUGCUUGCAGAAGACUUGGGCACUCUACCAGUCUGGGUUUUCAAUGCUGGGAUUAGCCAUAAUGAUGGAGUGAACAGUAGUAUGGUCACACCUUUUGUUCAGGAUGUAUUUGACGGUCUUGAGUUUGCAAGGGGGAGUGCAGACUCAACAUGGGGCUCUGUUAGAGCCACAAUGGGGCAUCCCAAAAGUUUCCCCCUGAAGUUUGUUGCAAUUGGAAAUGAAGACUGUGAUAAGGAAUUUUACCAAGAAAACUACCUCGAGUUUUAUAAUGCUUUAAAAGAGGCGUAUCCUGACAUUCAAGUGGUAUCUAACUGUGAGAACUCAUCUGGGUCGCUUGGCCGUCCUGCAGAUUUGUAUGACAGCCAUAUUUAUAGCAAUGCUAUUGACGUUUUCCUCAUGAAAAGUAAAUUUGACAGGACACCACGUACAGGACCUAAGGUGUUUGUCAGUGAAUAUGCAGUUAACGAACCAAAGGAUGCUGGUCAAGGAAACCUCCUUGCUUCACUGGCAGAGGCUGCACUCCUCACCGGGCUAGAAACGAAUAGUGACAUCGUUCAAAUGGCAUGUUAUGCGCCACUCUUCACAAAUGACAAUGAUCGCCGCUGGAACCCAGAUGCCAUAGUGUUCAACUCCUGGCAACAUUACGGAACUCCUAGUUACUGGAUGCAGACAUUCUUUCGUGAAUCAAGUGGUGCUAUGAUUCACCCAGUUCAGAUCACGUCCAGCUACUCCGAUUCAUUGGCCGCAUCUGCUAUAACCUGGAACGACACUGAGAAUAGCUUCCUGAGGGUGAAGAUUGUAAACUUUGGAUCUCAUGCUGUGAACCUGACGAUACGUGCAACUGGACUUCAAGCUAGUACAGCAGUCAAUACAAUGGCAUCAAGGCUCACUGUUCUCACGUAUAGCAACGUGAUGGAUGAAAAUUCAUUCAGCAACCCAAAUAACGUCGUUCCGAUCAUCAGAGAGCUGCCCAAUGCCGCAGAAGAGACGCAUGCCUUGCUGAAUCCUUAUUCGCUCACCUCAUUCGACCUAGCUCUGGAGCAAAAGGCAGGCGUAGUGUGAUGUGCGUUCUGGUGUGUGUGCCUCGUGUUAAACUUCGAGUUUGUGAGACUGCAGACGAGCAACUGCUAAUGGUGGUAGGAUGAUGCUUGUUAACCUGCUCAAGCUUGAUCAGACCGAACCCUAGUUAAAGUUAAAUGAAUCUGCAGUUAGAAGUCACAACUACGGCGUGUGAUCAACCGGAGUUGUGUUCCAGGGCACGCGAUGCACCUUGUUCACAAAAGCAGAGUCAUAGGACCUGCACGCUAAGUGGUGGAUCAAUUCAUCUGACUGAUGGCAUAAAGUCUUGCAAUAAACCAGUGAGAAAUUUCAUAUUUUGAAGAAUAAAUAAGAUAGAUGUUACAGUA